UCUACUCCUCCUUUCCUCUGCACCCCAUCAUACUCACCACCACUCUACCCAUCCGUCCCGAAAGGAAAGCUCUCCAUAAAUUGCUCCGAUUUACAAUUUUCUGAGCAAUAGUGGGCAUGCCACGCUGCGACCGAAACAAGGAUUCGAGGAGAACAUGGAAAAAUUGCCUUCACUUUUACAAAUGCACUUUAUAUUUAUUCAUCUUUAGUCUGGAACUAAACAGCAGCGUUUCAGAGCCAGUGAAUGGUGAUGUGUUUGUGUUCUUCCACGAGGGGGCUCAGGGCUGUCUAGGGGUGCAGGGUCACUCCCUGUCCCUGUCCGAGUCCUGCGAGGAUGACGCCCAGAAGUGGAAGUGGGUGACCCGGGGCCGGCUCUUCAACCUAGGCUCCUCUCUGUGCCUGGGCCUGACCACGGGCAACUACAGCUCCAGGGAGGAUGCCUCACCGCUGGGCGUCUACCCCUGUGACAGAGAGCCUCCCCUGGUCCGCUGGACCUGGUACUGUGCCCAGGUGUUGGAGAACCUCAACCUGUACCUGCCGUCCCCCUCGCACCCUGUUAACCCCUCCGCUAACUCCUCAGUGAAGGCCUCGGAUGUAAAGCCCCCACAUGAGGGGCUCAAAUGGAGGCUCUUUGGGGACGAUCAGGACCUUUGUUCUAGGACCUAUCGUGAGAUCUAUACUAUCCAGGGGAACUCUCGCGGUCUGCCCUGCUACCUGCCCUUCCUGUACGAUGGCCAGUGGUUCCACAGCUGCACCAGUAUUGGCAGAGAGGACGGUCACCUGUGGUGUGCCACCACCUACAACUACAGCAAGGACGAACGCUGGGGCUUCUGUCCUGUUAAGAGCAAUGACUGUGAGACGUUCUGGGACACAGACCCCCUGACAGACAGCUGCUACCAGUUCAACUUCCAGGCCACCCUGUCAUGGAGCGAGGCUCGCAUCAGCUGCCAACAACAGGGGGCAGACCUGCUCAGUAUCACCAAGCUGCAUGAACAGACCUACAUCAAUGGUUUGCUGACUGGUUACAGUGCUGCUCUGUGGAUCGGACUGAAUGACCUGGACAUCAGCGGAGGCUGGCAGUGGGCUGACUCCUCCCCUCUCAAAUACCUCAACUGGGAGAACGACCAGCCGAGCCAUAUGGAGGAGGAGAACUGUGCGGUGAUCAGGACAGAGUCAUCUGGCCGCUGGCAGAACAGAGACUGCUCUGUAGCCCUUCCCUACGUCUGUAAGAAGAGGCCCAAUGCCACCCUGGACCCCUUCACCACCGACUCGUGGGCGGAUGAUGAGAAGUAUGAGUGUGAUGUGGGCUGGCAGGCGUUCCAGGCAGGCUGCUACAGACUGACGUCAGAGAAGGUGGACUGGGACGCAGCUCAGAAAACCUGUCAGAAAAUGGAGGCCAACCUGGUCAGCCUCCACACCCUGCCUGAACUAGAGUUCAUCAUCAACAACAUCAAGAGAGAUGUGGAGGAGCUGUGGAUUGGUCUCCAUGACACGGCUAUGCAGAUGGACUUCCAGUGGACAGACCACACGCCCGUCAUCUUCACUUACUGGCACCCCUUUGAGCCCAACAACUUCCAAAACACCCCAGAGGACUGUGUCACCAUCUGGGGACCCGAAGGCCGCUGGAAUGACAGUCCCUGUAACCAGACCCUGCCGUCCAUCUGUAAGAAAGCAGCACAGAAGACUGACGGACAGGCACAGGACCACGGCUGCAAACCAGGCUGGAGUUGGCACAGUCCGGCCUGCUACUGGGUGGGAGAGGAGCAGGUGACCUUCGAGGAUGGCAGGAAGGCCUGCGCUGGCAGCGGAGCUACCCUCGUCACCAUCACCAAUAGGUUUGAGCAGGCAUUUGUCAACAGUCUGGUGUUUGGUCGUUCUGGGGAUUCAUUCUGGAUAGCCCUGCUUGACCAGAACAGCCCCGGAAAAUUCCACUGGCUCAGUGGGGAUGAAGUGGCCUAUACCAACUGGAACAGAGACCAACCAGGAGGAAACAUCAAAGGGGGCUGUGUAACCAUGGAGACGGGCUACGCCACAGGCCUAUGGGAGGUGAAGGACUGUGCGUCGGCCCGGGCUAAGUUCAUCUGUAGACUGAAUCAGGACACGUCCCUCAGCCCUGAGCCCCCCGCCCCGCAGCCCACCCCCAGCCUCACUGGAUCCUGCCCCAACGGGUGGAAGACAAACGGCAAGCUGCACCACUGCUACAAGAUGUUCCACUCGGCCCAGAUGGACCAGAAGCUGAGCUGGCUGCAGGCCCACCUAGCCUGUCAGAGACACCAUGGAGCCAACCUGCUGAGUGUCAGUGGCCCAGAGGAGGAGCACUUCAUACUGCAGAUACUACACGAAGCCUUUGGGGAGUCAGAGGACCAUGAGCAGCACUGGUUCUGGAUCGGACUGAACCGCAGGAACCCCUUGGACAACGGUAGCUGGAAGUGGAGCGACGGACUGGCCUAUACGUACCAGAACUUUGGGCGUUACUACUACGACAUCCGUCAGUGUGCAGCAGCAGACCUGGGCACCAUGACCUGGCUGGCCAUGCGCUGUGACUCUGAACUGGACUGGAUCUGCAAGAUCCCCAAAGGAAAAGUUGAUAAGGAUCCAAACCCCACUGAAGCCCCCACUCGCAGUGAGUGGGUGGGCUUCCAGGAGGCAGAGUAUAAGUUCUUUGACCUCCGGUCUACGUGGGACCAAGCCCAGAGGAUCUGUUCCUGGCUCAAUGCUUCUCUGGCUUCCAUCCACUCUUCUGCAGAGGAGGUUUUCCUGGCCAACACACUGCACAAGAUGACCAAGGUAGAGGGGGACCACUGGUGGGUGGGGCUUCAUACGUAUGAGAACGAUGGCCGUUUCCGCUGGUCAGACCACUCUGUGCUCAACUAUGUGUCCUGGGCUUUCGGCAGGCCACACCCACUCAGCCGUGACCGCAAAUGUGUCCACAUGUCAGUCAGCAAAGCGGAGUGGGCAGAUCAGAAAUGCCACUCAGACCUGCCCUACAUCUGUAAGAGAGUGAAUGUCACAGGCACCAUCCCACCCACACCCUCCACCACCCUGCCCCCCGCGGGUUGCCCCGAUGGCUGGGCCCAUUUCCUGCACAAGUGUUAUAAGGUGUUUGGUCAUGAGCAGACCCGGAGGGCCACAUGGUCAGGAGCCAGGCUCAUGUGUGAGUCACAGGGAGGAGCCUUGGCUGUGGUGCCCAAUCACGUAGAGCAAGCCUUUGUCACCACUCUGCUGUCCAACGUGAGUUUUGACCUGUGGGUGGGGCUGACGUCUGACUCUAAAGGCCACUUCCAGUGGGCUCAUCCUGGACUCCUCAGCUACACCAACUGGGCCUCUGGAGAACCCCUGGACAACAGUGGACCACUCCACAACAAGACUCCGGGUAACUGUGUGGUGAUGAUCCAUGGGAACCCAACAAAGAAUACUGGCAUGUGGGCGUCCCGGGCCUGUGAGAUGGAGAAACAUGGCUACAUCUGCCAGAAGAAACAAGACCCAGCUCUGCCCUCUGGCCCUGCCCUCCUGCCAUCCUCCCUGUCGGGAGCCCUGGAGCUGGGUGGGGUGUCGUACCGCGUAGUGAAGAAGCGUCUGGACUGGACAGGGGCGCUGCAUGUGUGCGAGUCUCUGAACGGGACGUUGGCUUCAGUGAGAGACCCCUACCAACAGGCUUACCUCACCCUGCUGAUGAACAGCCUACACCUCCCAGCAUGGAUCGGCCUUUACAACUCUGGGGGGCGGAGCUUCAGCUGGUUGGGCGAGGAGGACCUGACUUACACUGCCUGGCGGGAUGGGGAGCCUAAUAAACUGUCUGGAUGUGGUCACAUGACCACGGUGGGGCAGUGGACUAUGACCCCCUGUGACGCUAAACUGGAUGCUGCCAUCUGUCAGAUUAAUACAGAGGAGGCUGUGGUGCACCAGUGGAGUUACCCAGGACAGUGCCCUCACUCUCUGGGCGACUGGGCCUGGGUGCCCUUCAGGAACCACUGCUACUCCUUCAACCUGCAGAACCUACGGCUGCAGACCGACGCCCACUCCUCCUGCAGGAAGGUGGGUGCCCAGCUGCUGUCGGUCCUGGAUGAAACAGAGAAUGGCUUUGUAUGGGAGCACAUCCAGAGCUACCAGGAGCAGGCCCACGGAGCCUGGCUGGGUAUGACCUUUAACUCCAAAGGGAGCAGUCUGAUGUGGUCUGAGAGUGCAGAGGUGAAGUUCACUAACUGGGAGGUGCAGGGCACCAACCUGAGCAUGCUGUUUCCCAACACCUGCUUCUGGAUCCAGAGCAACACUGGCCUGUGGAAACCAGGCUCCUGCAAGAACCGCACGCACGGAGUCAUCUGCAAACGGCCACGCAGUCCUGAGGCUUCGGCAGUAGUCUCUGAAGAGGACCACCUGCCCACUCUGAUCGUGAUCAUGGUGACAGGCCUGGUGUUGGUGAUCCUCAUCGUGGGCAUGAUCUACCUGUACCGCCGGCGCCAGGCGGGCUCCCUGGGCUCUUACGAGGGGGCGCGCUACAGCCGCACCAACUCCAACCCCUCCGAACAGGCCGAGAAGAACAUCCUGGUGUCUGACAUGGAGCUCAACGAGCAGCCGGAGUAGCACAGCCAACCAGGACCCCC